AUGGCGGACGCGGUCUACUCGGUGGCGACGCAGACGUACGUCAAGCUGGCGCUGCACGCGGCCAAGCGGCCGGCCAGCGCCGCGUGCGGCCUGCUGCUGGGGCGCGAGCAGGGCCAGGGCUUCUCCAUCUCGGACGCCGUGCCGCUGUUCCACCACGAGGCGCCGCUCGCGCCGCUGCUCGAGGUGGCGUGCGCCAUGGUCGACGCCCAUGCUCAAUGCCAGAAGUUGAAGGUCGUGGGCUUCUACUUCGCCGGAAGCGGGUACUCGCCGUCUGAUUCUGGCAACGGACUCAGCCACUUCGCCGAGAAGCUGGCGGACAAGGUCGAGCUCAACUACUCGAGGGCCUGCGUGCUGGUGCUGGACAGCCAGCAGCUGAGCAACCCGGGCAAGACGGGGCUGCAGUUCCUGCUCAAGGACGUCAAGCGCGGGUGGACCAAGGUGGACAACCGGCUUAAGGUGGCGGACGACGCGGCCCUAGUGCUGACCGCGGGGCUCAAGCAGAACGUCCACAAGGACGUCGUGGACGUGGAGGAGCACCUGGAGGACGUCAGUAAGGACUGGCGGAACCCGCACGUGGUGGAGCUGCUCAAGCUCAACGUAUAGAAGAGAGAGAGGGGCAGAUACAGUAGCAAGCAGAACGAUUCAUUCACGUGAGUGUGGUCUGUCUACCUUACAUACCUACAUACAACGAGUGUGUCUGUUUGUCU